UGCUGCAGCAAUGCACUCGAGCCAAAUCUAUUGCAAAUAUCUUAAAACUAGCAACAGUUCUGCGAUUUUGUGCUCAGGGAUCGUACCAACUGAGUAUUGGGAAUGAAAAUAUGCUUGGGCUUGCGCAGCCCACGGUGUCUGUGGUGAUAUCAGAAGUGCUUGAUGUUUUGGAAAAUUUCAUUUGCCAAAGAUGGAUAAAAUUCAUCUACACAGGGGUUGAACUGCAACAAGCGAAAGCACAUUUUUACAGCAAAAGCAGAAUUCCAGGAAUAAUCGGCUGUGUUGAUGGGACGCACAUUAAAAUUGUCGCUCCCAAGAAGGAAUUCCAGCAUUUAUAUUACAACAGAAAAGGAUUCUUCAGCAUUAAUGCUAUGGUUGUUUGUGAUCACACAAUGAAAAUAAGAUACAUAAAUCCAAAAAAUCCGGGAGCGACACAUGAUUCCAUGGUUUUUCAUAUGUCAUCAUUGAAAGCACACUUAGAACAGCAACAUCAUAAUGGUAUUCGUAAUACUUGGCUACUGGGUGAUGCUGGUUACGCUCUAAAACCAUAUUUGAUGACGGCGUUCAGAAAUUCCGAGGAAGGAUCUCCUCAAAGAACAUACAACAAACAACAUGCAAAAGCCAGAAAUAUUAUAGAGCGAACAAUCGGAGUUUUAAAAAAUAGAUUCAGAUGUUUAUUGCAGGCGAGAGCUCUUCAUUACACUCCAAAGAAAGCUACACAAAUAAUAAAUGUGUGCGCAGCUUUGCACAACAUUUGUCAAUUCUAUGAUGUAGGNAACAUUUGUCAAUUCUAUAAUGUAGAAAUACCCGACGGAGAAGAGUUUUCAAAUGAGCCUCACGACGAUGAUGCCGGAGUCGUUGAGAUGGAAUCAAUUGAGAAUUCAGAAGCAGAAGACAUCAGAAAUGAAAUUUUAAGAACCUUGUAA